UGAAAAACGUUAAUACACCUUUAUGAUUUUCUUCGUUGCACACUCUGUUGGGAUGAAAGGAAUAUACAUGUCCAAAAAUUGAUUGCUAAGAUAAAUUGUCUUUUUUUGUAGAUAAAUUUGCAUUAGGACGGAUUUUAUAACUGAGAGAAUGUUGUUUUGGUCAGCGUCCCGACGUCGACGUCGCGUCGUCUCAGUAAUCGUUUAGACGCCCAAGUUUUAAGACUAAAAAUCAUAAAUUUAGCAAGUGUUUAAAGGUUAAAAUGACUGAGAGACAUUUUGAAACAUCUUCACCAAUUUCUGACCAUUAUUCGGAAGAAAUGGAUUCGUUGGGAAUGCGUGAAAAAUCUUUGUUGAAAAGAAGCGUUUCGAAACAUCACAAUAACAAUUUUAAAGCGGGAUAUGUUCCCGUUCAUGAGCAAUAUCUCCACAAAACAGGAAUUAGAGGUCGAAAAACGUUUGCUUUUUGGACGCUAAUAGCAUUGAUUUUUAUCUUAGCCGUUGGAAAUUUAGUUUUAACCAGCAUAAUUUUGGGCGUUUUAAGAUUGGGUCAAGGAAUGGAAAGUUUAGAAUUGGUGCCUUUAGAAUCAUCAAUAAAAUUCUAUGGUGACACCGAUUUAGGAUACGUUAAUAAGCGCGAUGGGAAAAUAGAAGGAUUUUCGGAUGUUCCGAUUGAAAUAAUCGGCGAUAAUGGAUCGAUUUUGGUUACUUUAAACUUAAAUCCAAACUCAAGAGCAAGCAAAAAAUUAGAAAUGAAGGAGAAUUUAACCGGGUUUUAUUCAAUAAACAACUUUGAGGUUAAAAAUCGCGAAGGGAAAGUCGUCUUUUCAACCGAUUUUCCUCAAAUCAACAUUGUAAAACCAAUUAAAAAUUUAAAAACCGAAUAUGUUCAAACGAAUCGCGUUUCUAGUUCGGUUGAUAAAAAAUUGGAAGUCGAAGGACGAAGUGUUUCUUUAAAAGGAUCUGAAGGAACUCAUAUGGAGGGCAAAGAAUUUAUUUGGAAAGCCGAUCAAGAUAUUUAUUUGAAGAGUAUUAAUGGAAAUAUCGUUCUUGAUGCUGCAGAAGGAAUUCGCUUAGACAUGAAGAAAAUUCCCAUUGCUAUGAAAAGAGAAGGUGUUACAACUAAUCAGUAUAAAGUUUGUGUUUGUAAUUCUACUGGAAAAUUAUUUCGGAUUCCAGAUGAUCAAAAAUCGAAGAUUUUUUGUGAUCAUUUUGAAUCAAAACAUAAUCCAUGCUUAUAAAUUGUUUUUUUGAAAAUUGUUAGAUAAAUAAAUAAAAUUAGAUAA